UCCGGGGAAGCUGCGCCGUUUGUGAAUCGGUGUAUUACUCCAGAUCCAGCUGACUGGCUGCGCUUCGCAUAGAAUAGAUACUGGAAAGAGAAAAAGAGCGGCGAUUUCGAUGAACUAACCCGGAAGCUGGACGUUUACGCGAGCAUCUAUUUUCGUAGCUUUAUGUAUACUCCGCUAUAGACGUUCGGAAGCGCCGUAUCAGGGCGUGAUUUAAAAUCUCGCGAGAAGAAAGCGGUCUACCUUUGAAAAAAUGGCGGACGAGGUGGAUCAGCAACAAACUACCAACACUGUAGAAGAGCCUUUGGAUCUCAUCAGGCUUAGUCUUGAUGAACGGAUUUAUGUAAAAAUGAGGAAUGACCGAGAACUUCGAGGCAGGUUACAUGCAUAUGACCAGCAUUUAAAUAUGAUUUUGGGUGAUGUUAAGAGAUGACCACUAGAAAUUGAUGAAGAAACUUACGAAGAGAUUUAUAAGUCUACCAAGAGGAAUCUUCCACUGCUGUUUGUCAGAGGAGAUGGAGUUGUAUUGGUUGCUCCUCCACUGCGGGUUUGCUGACACUGCAGGCACUGUGGGUUAUUGGACUUCCAAGAUAUUAACUC